UUUUCUUAGUCUCUUUUGUGAUAGAUCUGGCGCGCCACUAGCAACGACGAGUUAGGGCGAUGGUCUUGAUGGUAGACCUCACAAAACACAUGAAGCAAACCAUGCUUCGCACCCAACGCGUAUCUUGUGUGAUUUCUUCAUUCCUUAUAGGAUUGUCGAGACGAUUUCUUUGUGGAGAAGUAAUUUCUCUCUCUCUUCUGAUAGCCCUGCCACCACAUCAGUGUGGAGUAUAUGGCAGAGUAGUUAAUGUCAUAGAAACUAUGCUACUCAACGCGUUGAGACUACUAUUAGAGUGCCCGCUGUGGCGAGAGAUUUUUUGUUGCGCCAACCCUAUUAGUCAAGCAACCUAUUUCUAACAAUAAAUACGAGAUGGCUUAUUGAAUACGGGAAGGAACCGAACAUAGAGGAAUCAAUCUAUUACUACAUUAAAUGAAAUGUCAAUUAGUAUUAAACUUUUUACGAUUUGCCUAUAUACCAAUAUCAAACCAUCUAUUCGCAUUAAUUUGCAAACUCUAUAAUAGAAGUGUUAUGAUUAUACUUUCUUCUUGUGAAGCUUUUCAUCUACCAAUAUCAUAAACACAAUGUAUUUUAUAAAUUUCUCUAUUCAAUAAAUAGAUGGCCGAGGUCCUAUAUAAGUUGAUUUUAUUUGAACUUCUAUAUAAGUUGAUUAUGGUUGAAAACGUAAUGCUAAAACUAACUACAACAAAGUACACACACUAAUUGCACAAAACCGUGGGCAGCACAAAACAAGGGUAAACUCCAAAAAGGGGGCCAAACUUGCCAUUCCAUACUCAAAUAGACCUUUCCUACGAAAACUACAGAUCUACCCCUCUCUAUGCCGCAGUUGAACAUGGCUUACCCCAACUGCUAGGGGCAAACCCGCCAUUUCCCUCCGCGCCCACGGAGUCCUCCGUCCCCCUCCCAACAACGGCAACAACACCGUGACCCACCGCUCGGGCCCACCUGUCAACGUCGUCCUCCUACACCCACUACGCCACGUACUUUGUGGGCCCACCAACCGUCCACGUCACCAACCCCCCUCCGCCGUCCCUCUUUAUAAGACCUUGCGGGGCACCUCACUGUCCCACUCCUCCGUCCUCGCCUCCGAAGAGAAGAACUGAGCACGAACCACCGGAGAUGGACGCCGGCGGCGAGCCUCCUUUGGGCCACAAGUAAGACGGCGUAGACUGUAGCGGUCGUUUGGUUGUAAUAGGCAGGGCACGCUGCACGCGCCAUUCUUCUUGUUUCGGUUGCCAAGUGAGGACGACGGUGGUUGUGGUUGGGUGGAGCGGGGAAGGGGAGGGUGCGGCGGUGGUAAGUGGCGGCCGUCGAUGACGUUUCUGUUCCCGGUGAAGAACCAGCAGGGUACGAUAGAGGGAAGGCCGCCGGCUGCGCCUGGGAGGGUGUCGAUGUUACGGAGGCUGUUGGUGCGGGUGACCCCGGCCGAGCGGCUGGUCGGAGACGGCAAGGAGAGAGACAAGGACGAGAAGGCGCCGGCAACCGGCGGCGCUGGAGCGGAGGCGGAUGUCGGGUCGGUGGCGCUUGACAAGAUGGUGAUCAGCUUCAUGGAGGAGUCCUCGGCGGCCGUGGAGCGGCCGCCGCGCGGGCGAUGCGGCAACUGCUUUAACGGCAACCAGGACGGCAUCAGCGACGACGAGGACUUCGACUUCCUCCCAUCCGCCUCCCACCCCGCCGCGCCGCCGGCCGCGGCCGGCGACGCCUUGGAGCUCCUCAAGGGCCUGGUGCAGUGCGCGAGCACGGCGGAGCGGAACCUCCUGGCGGACGCGUCGCGGAUCGCGGAGCGCUGCCGCAAGGGCGGCUACGGCUCCGGCUGCGGGCGGAAGAAGGCGGACGUCCGCCGCGCCGUGGCGGACGGGCUCCGCGCGCUCGGGUACGACGCGGCGGUGUGCACGUCGCGGUGGGAGAAGACCCCCUCCCACCCGGCCGGCGAGCACGAGUACAUCGACGCGCUGGUGGUUGAGUCCGGGUCCGGUUCCGGCUCCGGCGCCGGCCGGCUCGUGGUGGAGGUGGACUUCCGGUCGGAGUUCGAGGUGGCGCGGCCCACCAAGGCGUACCGCUUGGCGCUGCAGGCGCUGCCGCCGCUGUUCGUGGGCACUCCCGACCGUCUGGGCCGGAUCGUGGCCGUCGUGACGGAGGCCGCGCGGCAGAGCCUCCGCAAGCGCGGGCUCCACUUCCCGCCGUGGCGCAACCACGAGUACAUGCGCGCAAAGUGGCUCUCCCCGCACUCCCGCAGCGGCAACCCGGACAAGACGCCGGCUCCGGCGCUCGCCACGCCGAUAUCCGUCGCCACCUUCUCCGGCGAGUUCGAGCUGCGGUUCGACGACAAGCCAAAGGCAUCCGCCGCGGACAUUCCCGCCGGCGGAGAAGAAGACAAGAAGAUCACGGUCGUGGUGUCGCCGACGCCGGAGGACCCCGGGGCGGCUGGCAAGCUGAGGCUGAGCCCGCAGCCGCCGCAGGCCAAGAUGAAGGUGGUCACCGGGCUGGCGUCCCUGCUGCUGCUCGCCAGCUGAGCUGAUCAAGCCAAGAAGAAGAACAGAGACACUCUGCCUCUCCGGCUCCAUUUUUUUUUUCCAGUUCAUCAGAACUCAGAAGAUUUUCCCUUGCGUUUUGUCGAUCCGUCCGAGGGCCGGCUCCAGGUGUUUUAGCGGUUUUCCGGCUCUUGGAACAGUGAGAGAAAACAAAAACGCCUCCUUUUUUUUCCCUCCUUUUCCGUCGGUUUUUUGUUCCUGCGAAAAAACAAACAAAAAAUUCAGUUGUCCGCGGCCGGGGGAACGGAAGGAAUCCCGGGCGGUUUUGGGUUCCUUCUUGUGUCCUCCUGUUCAUGGGAGGAACUGUCGAACUGAAGCGUCGCUGGUGUGAUGUGGAGCUGCUUCGCAGUACUGUAUCGUGUUCAUCAGCUCAUGUCAGUCUUGUGACUUCAAUUGAAGAGGUACUGGUAGAAGAAAAGUGCUAUAAUUAUACUCUGCAACCACCGGUUUUGUUUGUU